AUUGAAACGAACGACUGCACUGGCUUGGGUGCUGGUUGGGUGCCUCGUCCACUUAGGUUACGUACCUACAGCACGUCAGCCACAGGGGGGCAUCAAAUGGACGCGCCCGAACAGCAGCACUCAGUGAGGCACCACCUACCUCCUGCUGCUGCUGGUCCCCCAGGGCGGGCACGUCACUUCAUCAGCCACGCCAAUCACCAACCUCCACCAACCACCAACCACCUCAGCCUCCAGCCAACCCGGCCGUCCGACCCGUCGCCAGCUCCCCUACCGGCCAACCUAACCAACAACCUUAGCAGCAGCUGCGUGCUCCUCCUCCACCUCGGUCUCAUCGACCAGCCCGUCCGCGCCUCAGAGUCGUGGCUGCCGUCUCCUGCGCGUGGCGCUUCCAGAAGGCCUCGACACCGCAUACGCGUACCGACGCAUCAUCCCCUUACCGGACGAGCGUUGUAGCUGCGCCUCCCCCCGACCCGACCCGACGACGCUUCACCCGCCGUCACCGAGCACUGCGGCCUCGCAUCGCGAGCCCAACCAGCUCACGCACACCUGCACCCGGCAUUGAAUCCGAGGGGACCGGCCGUGGCCCGGUCAUCGUCUCGUGCCAUGUCCGCAGAAAGCGGCGCUGAUUCUGCAGCGCCCAAUCUCAACCUGACGCCCGAGGAGAAGCGAGUCUACGGCGACCUCUUCAAACAGGCCGAUCCCGAGAACCUCCGCGUCGUCACUGGCGAUGCCGCCGUCACAUUCUUCGAUAAGACCCGGCUCGACUCCCGAGUCCUCGGAGAGAUAUGGCAAAUCGCAGACAAGGAGAAUCGCGGGUUUCUGACUCCCGUUGGCUUUGGCAUCGUCCUGCGUCUCAUUGCGCAUGCCCAGGCCGGCCGCGAGCCUCGGGCCGAACUCGCUGUUCAGCCCGCCCCGUUGCCCCGAUUUGAGGGCAUGCAGAUGCCUGCCGCCGCCGCCGCCGCCGCCUCCCCGGCUCUCCAAGCUCAGGGAACUGGCGGCGGAAUACGGAUCCCUCCCCUGACGCCGGACAAGGUGGCUCAGUAUACCAGCUUGUUUGAGCGGCAGGCGAUCCAGGGAAAUAUGCUAGCUGGCGAUCAAGCUCGGCAGAUCUUUGAUAAAUCGGGAAUGCCGAAUGAGACGCUCGGCAGGAUAUGGGCGCUGGCAGACACGGAGCAGCGUGGUGCUCUUGUGCUGGCCGAGUUCAUCAUUGCCAUGCACCUGCUCACGUCAAUGAAGACUGGCGCGCUUCGCGCUCUGCCGACGGUCCUGCCUGCCGGUUUGUACGAGGCUGCCACGCAGCGCGGAUCGAUUUCCGGGCCUCGCCAGUCACCGACGAAUACGGGACUUUCUGCCAUUCCCAGGCAGUUGAGCGGAACGGCUCAACCACGUACCGGGAGCCCCCUGGGGCGAACCUCCCAGUCCGCCGGACCUGCUGGGGGUGAUUGGGCUAUAACGGCCGCCGACAAGGAGCGCUUCGACCAAAUCUAUGCCACUCUCGACAAGACGAAGAAGGGGUACAUUACCGGUGACGAAGCCGUGCCUUUUUUCAGCCAGUCGAACCUGUCUGAGGAGGUGCUGGCUCAAAUUUGGGAUCUCGCCGACUUCAACAGCCAGGGAACGCUUAACCCUGACGCUUUUGCUGUCGCAAUGUAUUUGAUCAGACAGCAGCGCAGCGGCCGCUCGGCGCCUCUCCCUUCUUCUCUUCCUGCCAACUUGAUCCCCCCGAGCAUGCGCAGCCAGCCCCGCCCAGCGGCCGCGUCUUCUGCGUUCGACCCGCCGCCCAUGACCCAGGCCCCUCCACCGCAGCCCAAGUCUGCCCUGGAGGACCUGUUCGGUCUCGAUUCGGGUGCCUCUAGCCCAACGCCAGCUGCGCCGCUUCAGACAACCAUGUCCACAGGCGGUUCGAACGCCAACGACCCGUUCGCAGGAGGGUCCGCGGUCCUCUCGCCGUCUUCUCCCGUCCGCGGAGCCGCGCCGACCUCAACUUUCAAGCCCUUUGUUCCCUCCUCCUCUUUUGGAAGGGGCUUGACCGUGCAGUCAACAGGCGACAAGCCUGCCGUGCGGCAGUCGGAUGAUCUUCUCGACGACCAUGACCCGGAAGCCAGCAAGAAAAUAUCUGGAGAGACAACAGAGCUCGCCAACCUUUCGAACCAGAUUGGCUCCUUGUCCAAGGAGAUGCAAGACGUCCAGAGCAAGCGGACCACGAUCCAAAAUGACCUGAAUCAGUCCAACUCGCAGAAGCAAAACUUUGAGCAGAGGCUGGCGCAGCUGCGUGCCCUGUACGAAAAGGAAGCCGAAGAUACCCGUGCCCUCGAGGAGCAGUUGCGGAAGUCUCGAUCCGAAACACAGAAGCUGCAGGGCGAGUGCAUGACCCUUGAAAGCCAAUACAGGGACACCCAAGCCCAGCACCAACAGUUCCUCAACGCGUACCAAGCAGAUCAGCAAGAGAACACAAAGCUGCGGGAGCGCAUACGGGUGGUGAAUGGAGAAAUUGCACAGCUCAAGCCUCAGAUCGAGAAGCUGAAAUCGGACGCCCGCCAGCAAAAGGGUCUCGUCGCCAUCAAUAAGAAGCAGCUGGCGACGACGGAGGGAGAGCGUGAUAAGCUAAAGACUGAGGCCGAGGAUCUGACCAAGGCAAAUGAGGAGGCCUCUCGACAUAUUGACAGCAGCUCUCCUGUUUCGACGUCUGCCCACGUCGCGAGUCCGGCACUGUCCAGCUCCAGUGGGAACAAUCCCUUCUUUAAGAGAACGGCCAGCACGGACAUCAUGGGCGCAUUUCCUCCCCCAGCAUCCAGGGGCGUUCCCGACAAGUCCUUUGACGACGUCUUUGGCCCCUCGUUCCCAGCUGUCCCAACUAGCACCUCCCCGCCGCCAGCAGCAAUGGCAUUCAAGCAGCAGAAUACGGGCAACUCCGUCGCAAGUGGUGCGUCGUACAACACGGCGUCGUCGACGCCACAGAUCAGCCGACAGGGUACGCUGGCUGCAGAACCUCCGGCCCCUCCGGAGUCGAGGCAGAUCAGUUCUAGCUUCCUGCCUUUCCCUGAUCAUUCAGAGUCACUAUCGUCAUCUCGCCAGGUGUCUCCCCCCGCAUCCCGCGCCGAGGGCUCCGUGGCUGGCUCGGCAACCACGCCGUUGGCUGGAGAAGCAGCCAGUGCAGGCAUUACCAAGGCCGCGUCUACCAGCGAUGAUGGCGACAAGACCGAACCGGCAAGUCCCGCGCCGACUUCUGGUGACGCGAAGGAGACCAUUGCGGGAGAAGUCGCGCCCCAAACUACCACCUCUCCUGGCGCAGUGGAGUUUGGUAAUACCGACCAGGCGAAGGCCAAGGCCGAUUUUGACAACGCCUUUGCAGCAUUCACCUCAUCUAGUAAGAGUCAAAAUUCCACUGCCGCGGAUGGUGCGAAGACGCAGUCCGCCUUCGACUCCGAGUUUCCGCCCAUCUCGGAGCUCGAGCGCGAUGAUGAUUCCGACUCGGAUAGCGAAAGGGGAGGCUUUGACGAUGACUUCACGCCCACGUCGCCGAAGCACAAGGCGGACGGGAAGACGACCGGGUCGGAGCCGGCUCCUGAGGCCAAGCAGAGUGACGCGGCGGCCGCCAAGGAGCCUACAGACGGGUUAAGCCGAGGCUCCGAACAGCCCUCGUCGCCCGCCACAAUCACCACUGCAAAUGUAUUGGCUGCAAAGCCGUCGCCGAGCGCCAACGAUAUUGCCGAUGACAUCUUUGGGUCUUCUUCCCUGCCGCCAGCCCCCCCGAGCUCAGCGCCGAAGAACACGGUGGCUAAAGGGGCGUUUGAUGAUCUAGACGACGACUUUGAGGGCCUCGAGGACGCCAAAGAGGGCUCGGCGGACGACGACUUUGCCAACAUUUCUCGGGAUGAUUUCAAUCCGGUGUUUGACAGCAGUCCUCCACCCAGCCAGACCAAAAGCGAGUCUACAGCGUUUGGCAACGAGAGCAGCUUCGACUUCGUUCCCUCGCACUCCGCCACCGGGCCAGCCGCCGGCGUUGGCGGUGCUCAGCAAAAGCCCGCUGAAAAUCACGACUGGGAUGCCAUAUUUGCCGGCCUCGACUCCCCGAACACAGUCACGCCUCCUGGAAUAAGCAAUACGGGGGCGACGGGCAACGAUGACAAGAAGGAUUCGCGGCCAUCGGCGCCGGGACGUGCUCUCACAGACCAGGGAGAACACGACGACCCGAUACUCAAGAACCUGACAGGGAUGGGCUACUCUAGAGCCGACGCAGUCGCGGCACUAGAGAAAUAUGAUUACAAUUUGGAAAGAGCUGCAAAUUACUUGGCGAGCCAGUCGUAGGACUGCUUUCACGGCAUAUUGACCAGUUGAUCUCGCUUGCCUCGGGGUCAGCCCCAGUCUAUCCUGAGGCCUCCCAUUCGAGAGUCUGAAGAUGUUGUAAUUGUCGCUUUCAUGGCAGCGUAUAGGAGGGAGCAUUUCCUUUGCGCUGCCCUCAUCGUCCUAGCCUUUGCUAGUGCUGCAUCUUGAGCUGGGCCCACGCGGGGCUGCCGCGAGAGGAUGGGUUGUUUGUUUGGAUGUCGGAUUUCAGACACAAAGACGUGUUGCCAUUGUGUGUGUGUGUGUGUGUGUGUGUUGUGUUCUGUUGUGCGGCAUGCCGUGGUGUGUUGUCAAUAGUGUAGGCAUACAGGCAGACAGAGACGAUUGAGACGGUGGGGGAGUGGUUUCUCUUCCAAUGAUACUAUUGCUCAAGUCGCUACUACUGCGAAGUACUCACGCACACUCUCUAUCUAUCGGGGGGCCAAACCGUCUCUUCAGAA